CACAGCCAAGCCAUACUGCCUGCAUUGGACAAUCUUUCUACCACCAACACCUUCUAAGUACGCGCGGCAGCCGAGUGAACGCAUACGCCCUGCUUCUGCUCCGAAGGUAGCUAGACGAAGUUGGGAAAAAAAAAAAUUGCAGUUUGAAUUUUGAACGUUAUGUCUUCCACAGCGGCCGGGGCAACUGGGACCUCCCCCACUAAGCAAGGGAACGGCAACGGGAGCAAGCGCCCUCAUGAGGAACAACCGCAAGACACGCCAGCCGACGGAAAAGGAACCGGCUCUCCGCCAUCUAAGACUUUCAAGCCACACUCGAGCGAAGACAAUAAGAAGGAUGAGGUGCAGCCAACACCGGCAUCAGGAGGAGGAGUGGUUGUUCCCGUCAAGGCCGAGGGCGCUCAACCCACUGACUCGGAGCGGGUAGAGGCGGAGUGUCUGCGGUCGUUGGGCCUGGCUGUUGGCACCCGGCUGGAAGUGAUGUGGCUGUUGGAGGACGACGACAAGAGCGUCGAGAAGUGGUGGGGCUGCUCGGUGGCCGGAGCCAAGACGGGAGAGCGGGACGAGGAGGAGGGCCGGCCGGUGUUCACGCUGCACUACGAUGCCUACGAGGCGUUCGAGGAGGCAGACCACGACGUGUGCUUCGUGGACAGGUAUCGCCUUGUGCACCUUGAGGACGGGGCGGAGAUGACCUGGAAGCGGGAAGGAGAGGAGGUCGAUAGGGAGGCGGUGCUGGCUUCCCUCGCUGACGAAGACGUGAACCUCCAGGAGGUGAUGGCGGCGCAGGAAGAGGAAGACGCGAACGAGGGCGCAGAGAGCGUUGAGACCAGGAGCAUGAAAGCCAUAGCACAGUUGCCCCCGCACCAGCAGGCGGCAAUGAUGGCAGGUUACCGACGAAUGGCCGACGUCAUCAAGGAGCAUCUGCGGGCGAAGAUAACGCGGACCGGCGGAGAGACGGUGGUGUCCGAGGCGGACGUGGAGAACAUGUUUCGCGACGUUCGGGGCAGUGGCGGAAGUAGCGGCUCCUUCUGAUGGACGAUCCACUCAGCGGGCCAGCGGGCGGCAGCGGUAGUGCGGGGGGGUGCACUGCGGCCGUUGAGCUGGGGGAUUUUAAACAUCGUGCCGGGAGGGUGUGGCUGUGGUGGUGUAUGAAUGCAGCAGCUGCUGCGGCGGCCAGCGAUGCAGACGCUGUACCUUCUGGAAUCGAAUUGUUCGGUGGCGGUGACAGCCACAGCGGUGACAACAACGUCACACUGGAAGCAUGCGUUGGGGAGCUUCCUCUGCAUUCCCAAGAUGCUCGGGCACACGUGCCGUGUGUAUCGUGGUAGGGAGCUUGAAUACGUCAUGUUGGACGUUUUUUUAAAACUACUAUUGUAGGUAGAUACUUUUUGUGUUGAAGCUUGCCGUUGCCUUGAACACGACGAUUUUUGUUCGUAUGUAAUAUUUUGAAGUACUGCUUGCUGUGAGGAUGAACAUAGAGAAAUGCACGGUGGUUGAUGCUGCGUUGAUUACUCGCAGGUGUUAAGAGGGUCUGUUGUUUCGUACCGCCUCGGAGGCUGCCUACAAGACGCGGUGGUGGUAGCCAAGGCUGUGAGCAAGCCAGCUUUCGCUUUAGUCACACUGAAAGCGUAAAAUACGUAAAUAAGUGUCUAUCAGCUAGCUCAUUAUGAUGCGUAAAGCUGUGCCAAAGCUGCUCCCGGGAGGUGAUGGGUUUUGAACCGAGGAAUAGAGCAAUUUGGGAUGUGGGGACGAACGAAUGUGAUGGGAGCGUUGAUUUUGAUUUGGGCCAAAUCUUUGCAUGGGCACGAAUACACUUAUGCACAACGGUGAUGCUCAUGCGAACUUGUGUACCCACGCGUCAUACUGAGCCAACUCCCGUUCCGGCUGCUGACGGCUUCACCGUCGUCAUAAC